GGUGAGCGGGGGGGUGGGGGUCGGAGGAUGGCGGAGCCGCGUCGGGUGCCGUUCAUUAGUCUGGCACCCGUGAGGCGACGAGAGGGCGAGAGCCCGUCCCUGGAGCGCGAGCCCGGGGGCCGCGAGCCGGAGCAGCAGCUAUUGCUAGGGCGCGAGGGGGUGCCGCCGCCCGACCAGCAGCACGAGCUCUCCCGGGCGGAGCCACAGGCUCAGCUGCCGCGCGAGACCAGCCCCCGGCCGGAACCGCCGCGUGAGACCAGCCGGCCUGAGCAGCAGCGCGAGCCCCCACGGCCGGAGCCGCCGCCGCCGCCGGCGCCGCAGCAGCAACAGCCCCAGCAGCAGCGCGAGAGCAGCCGGCAGGAGCCGCCGCCGCCGCAGGAGGCGCCACCGCCACGCCAGACGGUGCGCCUGGAGGUGGUGCUGAAGGACCCAACCGAGGAGAGCUGCGUGGAGUUCAGCUACCCCGAGCUGCUGCUGUGCGGGGAACCGCGGAAGAAACCUGCCCACUCAGAAGAUCCAUUUAAUGAUGAACAACGUGAGCGGUAUGAGGUGGAAAUGCUGGCCAAGAAAUUUGAGGCAAAAUAUGGUGGGAAGUCUCACAAGCAUCGAAAGGAUCGCUUGCAGGAUCUGAUUGAUAUAGGUUAUGGCUAUGAUGAAACAGACCCUUUCAUCGAUAACUCUGAAGCUUAUGAUGAAUUGGUUCCUGCAUCUCUGACAACCAAAUAUGGGGGAUUUUACAUCAACACGGGAACAUUGCAAUUCCGCCAAGCAUCUGAUUCAGAGGAUGAAGACUUUGCAGAGGACAAAAAGCACAGGCCACCUAAAGUAUCCAAACUAAAAGAAGGAGAGGACCGCGGGAUUAAGAAGCGGAAGCGGAAAGAGGAGGGGACAGAGAAGGAGAAAAAGCCUCGGAAAAUGAAAGUUCCUAAGCAGCUGGGAGUAAUGGCUUUAAAUUCACACAAAUCUGAGAAGAAGAAGAAGAAGUUAUACAAGGACUCGCUUUCUCUGGCAGCCAUGAUCCGGAAGUUCCAAAAGGAGAAGGAAGCCCUGAGGAAGAAAGAAUCCAAUCCAGAACCCCCAGUGACUGUUGCCACCUCCACCCCUAGUAAACCCCCUUCCUCCUCUGCUACCACAGGAAAUGAUGUCUCAGACUUGAACCUCAGGGUUACCGAUCCUGUCCUCUCCAUUUUUGGUAGCACAAAUGAGCAUGAGCUCCUGCAGGAAACCGAAAGUGCCCUGGAGAUUCUGGGAGAGAUUGACUUUGACAGGCUGCUUGACGGCACCUCUAAUGGCAGUCCAGCGUCUGAGCCAUCAGGAGAGAAUGGAAGUGCCACUCAGCCAACCAAUACCUCUCAGGUCAUGACACCAAAGCAGGUGCCUGCCCUCCCAGAAGGCCUACCUGUACUUCUUGAAAAGCGCAUUGGAGACCUACGAAUAGCUGCCAAGCUGUUUGAUGAAGAAGGCAGGAAGAAAUUCUUCACGCAGGAUAUGAACAAUAUUCUGCUGGAUAUUGAGCUGCAGUUACAGGAGAUAAGUCCUAUCGUCCGUCACAACGUGUACUCCCAUCUUGAGGCUUUUGUGCCAUGCAAUAAGGACACACUGAUAAAGCGUCUGAAGAAAUUACACCUCAAUGUCCAGGAUGACCGUUUGAGGGAUCCGCUGCAAAAGCUGAGACUGGCUGUCAGCAAUGUCAUGCCUGAACAACUAUUCAAGUAUCAGGAGGACUGUCAGGCUCGCAAUCAAGCCAAGAAUGCAAAAUUGCAAGCAGAAGAUGAACGAGAGAAAAAUGGGUCAGAGGAAGAUGAUGAUGAGAAGCCAGGAAAGAGGAUUAUUGGGCCAAGAAAGAAAUUCCACUGGGAUGAUACAGUGAGGGCUUUGUUGUGUAACCUUGUCAAGAUCAAGCUGGGAUGCUAUGAGCUAGAGCCAAAUAGAAGUCAGUCUCCUGAGGAUUACCUCAAGACCUUUAUGGAGACAGAGGUGAAACCACUCUGGCCUAAAGGCUGGAUGCAGGCUAGGAUGCUCUUUAAAGAAAGCCGAAGUGUUCACAAUCAUCUCACUUCUGCUCCGGCAAAGAAGAAGGUGAUUCUGGCACCUAAACCCAAAGUGAAGGACUCCAGUCCAAAGAAAGAGCAGAAAGCCUGUACAUCUUUGGUGACUUCAGCUUGUGUUACUACACUGAAUUCCAGCGCACCUAUCAGUACAGUAGCUAGCUCUAUCUGUACAUCAGCUCCAGAGACCAUCUGUUUGGAUGACUCACUGGAUGAAGACCUCUCUUUCCACCCACCCUCUCUGGAUUCUAUAUCUGAUGCUUUGGCAGUUAUCAACAAUGGAGCCAAGAUCUUGCCUGUGGGGUCCACCAUAGACACACCAACCUCAAGACCUCGCCCUGGGCUGAGAGAAGAGAAACUAGCAAGCAUCAUGAGUAAGUUGCCUCUAGCAACUUCAAAGAAGGUAGAGCCAGCUCAGACUCCACAUUCAUCCAGUCUUAUCGCUGGUCACACAGGACCAGUACCAAAGAAGCCCCAGGACUUAGUUCACACGGGCAUCUCUUCAGGCCUUAUUGCUGGCUCUUCAAUUCAAAACCCCAAGGUUUCCUUGGAACCUUUGCCAGCCAAGCUACUUCAGCAAGGACUACAGAGGUCAAGCCAGAUCCAAGCUGCUUCCUCUUCGCAGACCCAUAUUUCUUCCUCCUCCAAGGCCCAAGCAGCUACUUCCUCCUCCUCUCAGAGGUGCAAGGAUGCUGCUAUCGUGGUAUCCUCUUCAGAGGGCCAAGGUGGUUCUUCCUCAACAUUACAAGUGACAAAGAUGCACCAGCAUUCAGCUGUCCAACAGAAAUAUGUGUCUCCUCUACAAGCAACUAUUAGUAAGUCACAGACCAAUCCAGUGGUGAAACUGAGUAGCAAUCCCAAACUCUCCUGUUCAUCCCCAGUCAUCAAGAGUCCAGAUAAGCCAGUAAUGUACCGCCUUCCUUUGUCUAACCCCUCAUCUGGAAGUGGUUCUCAAGUAUCCCACCCUCUAGUUUCUCGGACAACAUCCAGCACCUCUACCUCUAGUAACUGUUUUGCCAAGACUAUGGUGUCGCAGGGUUCUUCCCAGGGUUUCAAGCCUCCCUUCUCCAUGGCUGCCUCUCCUAAACCUGCUGCCUCUCCCAAGUCCACAGCAUCCAAACCCUCUGUCACACCCAAGCCCACAGCAUCAUCUAAAUUUCCAUCUAAAUCAACCUCAUCCUCCAGGCCCACAACAUCACACACUUCUUCCAGUUCAAAUGCACUAGUAUCCCAGAGUAGUCACUCGAGUAGCAGCCCCCUUCAUAAACAGCCCAGUGGAGUAAAUAUCAGCAGGCAGUCUCCAACAAUGAAUUUGCUGCCCUCUAGUCGCACCACAGGCCUUCAGCCUGCAAAGAACCCUCAGGCCUCUUCAAAGUUGCCCAACUCUUCUCCCUCUGGGACUAUUGGCAAAAAUAACUUGAGUGGAGUCGGAAUGAAUGUACCUGCCAGCAGGGGCAGUAACCCUAAUUCAAGCGGAACAAGUAGGACUAGUCUCUCUGGGGGAGCAGGAAGUGGAACACAGGGUGCUACUAAACAGUUGUCAACGCCACACAGGCCAUCUUCUGCCUCAGGGUCUCCAGUUGUAGCAGCCAGCGUGCAGUCAACAGCAGGAGCAUCAUUACUGGCAAAUGCCUCACCUCUGACGCUUAUGACAUCACCCCUGUCUGUAACCAAUCAGAAUGUGACAUCUGCACCAUUGACUCCUUUUGGGAUGCUGGGUGGCCUUGUUCCUGUGACUGUACCCUUCCAAUUUCCCUUGGAGCUGCUUGGCUUUGGGACGGACACAGCUGGAGUAACAACCACCUCGGGAUCUACCUCAGCGGCUUUCCACCACAGCCUAGCUCAGAAUUUACUGAAGGGUUUGCAGCCAGGUGCCCAGCAUGCAGCAACACUGUCUCAUUCACCUCUGCCUGCUCAUUUGCAGCAAGCUUACACAGAUGGAGGCCAAAGUAAAGGGGACACUAAGUUACAGCGGAAAACCCAGUGACUUCUGGAUGAGCAAGGGAGCAUGAAGCGGUUCUGAUUGGCUGAUGGAAUCUGCCCAGUUGGGAAAGUGCUUACAUGGUCACAGGGCUGCUGUUUCUGUCAAUGUUUACAUACUCUCAUCCCAAGCACUGUGGUGGGAGGAAAGAAGAAAAAGAAAAUACUCGAUCAAAUAGAGGAGGAAAAGGAGGAAAGGCUUUCAUGCAGAUUGAUCAUAGUUUGAGCUUACCUAAAGAAACUCAGCCUUUUAAAAUCUAUUCUGACUGGCAAAGUUUCAGUUGUCAAACCCACAGUGGCACAAUGUUUACUUUCUGGGUAAUGCAUAAUGAUAAGGAGGAAGCAUGAAGAGCGAUGGAGUAAAUUUCUCCAUCUAUCCUGGGAGGUAGGAAGCCACCCACUUUAACAAUUUGAAAGAAUAUAAAUGGGCCCUGAGUGUAUCAUAUGGUUGUGGACCUUACGUAGUACAGACCAGAGAUGGUCUGCUGCUUGGGCAGUCUGUGACGUAAAUAAGAAUAAACUUUCCACAGAUAGUUUCUGAUACAAACAUUUGUCCAACAUUACCUCUUUGGAAACGCCUAAUGAAUACAGGCCCUGUUUGGUUUUGUGGGUACUGUGGCUAAAGCAGUCUCAUUACUCCCCAGGCAGAGCUCCCUUUCAAAGAGAGAAUCCUGUUGGAGAGGCAGGAGAAGAGUAAAGAGCGGUUUACAUUAGUCUCUACUCCCAAGUUAAUUUUAGCACAGAAUGUUUGGUAUUUAAAGAAAAAAUGCUGUCUUUUUUACAUAAAAUGGAAUCUAAAUUUUGUUUCAGAUCAGACAGCAUUCUUAUCUCCCCACACCUAAUUUUUUUGGAAGAUGGACACUAUGGUUUUCCACCCUUAAACUUGUUUCAUUUCUUCAAUUGGUUCUCCUUGUGUAUCUCUGCUAUUACCGUGUAGAAUCUACAUCCUUCAUAAAACACAAGGGCACUUCCUCAUCCCUGCUGGAUCCGUUCCCUCUUCCAUCCAACUACUUUCAAAAGCUAGACAUGGUAGUGAACCCUUCAGCUCAGGAGAGCUGGAUGCGGCUUACUUCAGAGCCAAGUUAUACUGCUUCAAGCAUUAGCCAAAGAGGAAUCGUUCAAAAGCAAUCUGGGGUGCCUUUUCUCCUCCUGGGGCUGAAUGUGUUGUCUCUUUAGCAUUCCUGGCCCCUGCUGGCCUGGGGUACUCAUGACCUGAACUCUGCCCUGCAUGGUAUUACAAGACAGCAAGGCUGGCUUUCAUUUUUGGAUAGCAAUAUAUUGGGUAGUCCAUUUGUAUGUUUAGGAAACGUUUAGUACACAUUGCACUUUUGAUAAUAGGACAGAAGAGGUUCUUAGAUUAAAACUUUAUUGUUGAGUCCCAUCUUUCUAUAAGCGGAAGGAAAAGCAUGGCAGAAAUUGCAAGGUAAAAGUAAGAAAGUAUGGGAUCUUCUGAUCUGGAAUAUCACAGUUUCUGAUAUGAGAUCCUUUCUCUUGCAAAUCCAGUAUAUCUCUGUGAUCAAAGAUGCUGGAAUUCUAGUCAGUCUUGAACUUUCCAGUAGUUCUGAUCUGAGAUUGUACUUGUGACUGACGGUCACCUCACACCUUCCAAGUACAAACUUUGACCUCUGGCUAUUAAAUCUCUAGUGUUUUUGCUAGACCAACUUUUAGCUUUCCAUUUUCUUUGACAUGUGAACUAUUUUUCUUAAGACCAGACAACAAUUCUUUUUUCUAUUUAGAUCUCUUUAAUUUUAUAUAUAUAAAUUAUAUAUAAACGUGAAUUUAAAAUAAUAUAUAUUGUAUAUAUCAUAUAAAAAUAAAUGAAUGUUGGGUUGAGCCCAGCAAUAAAGGAUUUUGCACAAGGAAUUUCUGUAAAGGACAGAUUGAACCAAAAUAAGAUCCAUUAGGUUUUGAAUUUCACCCCUGUGGCACUAGGCAAAUUGUAUUUUUCUGCUAAUGUAAGUGUUCUGUAGGUGGCAUGUUGGUUAGACAAAAUUACAACUCUUAGCAUCAAGGUUAAUUUCAAAAAGGGUGUAUAUAUUCAUACAGACCCUGGCAGUCCUACUCUGAUGAAAAUUCUCCAAGGCAUAAGACUCCAUUAACUAUUCAGAGGGUAGCAUCCAAGUUUUGCUUUUGUGUGAUCUUUUACCCCAGGAAGGGAGGAAGGAAGCAGAUUGUGUGAGGCCAGAAUUUUUGACCUAUGCCAAACGUACCACACUUCUAAUAAUGCAUGUAGCUGAGGGGCUGAAGUGGAGAGCCACCCAGCAGCAAUAUGUGGAAAAGACCCCCACCCCAAGAAAACUCUGCCCUCUUCUAUACUUCCUCCCUCAAAGUGUCUCGCUCAUAUUGCCAUCCUUUACUUCCAUACUACUUUUUUUUUAAGUGAAAUUCUAGAUCUAGUGACAGGUGCACAAUUGACAGUCCUGGAGAUUGGAGCCCUUUAUCCGUACAGCACAGACAAUGACAGCACAAGUUUCCUUUCUUCCGCAAGUGUGCCUCAUUUGCAGAGUAUCAUCUCUAGGAUUGAGAGGGGAAUUCAGUCUCCACAGCCCAUUCAAUCGUUGGCCUGUUUGUUGAGAAUGGUAACAAGAAGGCAUAUUAGUACUAGUUCUGGAAAUAGUUGUAUGAUGUGAAACUGAACUGAGGUCACAAACUCACUUCAUAUAGGCCACUGAAACAGUAACUAUUUUUAGUCACUACCAGUCUGAUGGGCCACUUUGGAAUCAAGCGACCCAAAGGAGAAAGAUUCUGUAUUUCAACCCCUUCUCUAUGCUCCACUUGUUCAACCCAGAAAGGCCAGGUCAAAAGAUAACUACAGAGUAAUUCCCGGGAUCUUUGCAGAAUGGGGGAGCAUGAGCAGAUGUGCAGUGAAGGAUAUCUGCAACAUCCCAAUGCAAAAUUAGACUAAUACACUUUACUAUUCCUUGCACAGUAACUUGUUGUUUAAGCUGUUUUUCAAGAGUUACUAUUUUUAAGGGCCUUUGGUAAUAUAUAUAAGCUGUUGUACAUACUAAACCCUCAGUAUUCACAAGCAAUAAGAGCCAGUUGAGCUGUCUUUCUGGGCAGCUGACCUUAAUUUGGGGAUUGUACGUGAGCUGGAGUAUCAAGCUCACUCUGAGCCUCAAAUAAUGCAAGCAAUAAUUUCAAACACAGGUUUUAGAUGCUAAAAACCCUUUGGAUAAUGCCUUCUGCUACAUGUUCCAAAGCUCCAAAAGGCAUAGGUAGCAAUUUUAAAUCCUCUGGGAACUUUGCAAAUAGAGAAAGGAGCUAGGCUAGGUGAACCACAACCUGCAAAAUUUCUAAUAAUUUGGAUCAUUAUUGCUGUGUUCUCCACCUCCCCAAGAUAGAUGUUGAUGACCUAAAUCGUUAUUUUUUGCCCAUCAUUCUCUAUUAUUUUGCUGUUAAAAUGCAUUAGUAAUAUUGAGUCACCAAGUCAUGAGUGGAUGCUGUGGGUUUAACAUCUGUUUUCAGCUAAUCAGAAGUGACUUUUAAUAACCUGGGUUCUGCUUUUUGAUUGAAUCCUGUCAAGGCUGUUUGGUGCAUAGAUUUUGGGUGAAGCAGGCACACAGGGUCUUGUUCCUUUCCCCCACUCCAACUGCCUGACACUUCCUCCACGCUCCUCCUCCACUUGGUCCAGGACACGAAAGCAGAGAAAUCCUGCAACUCUCCCAAGCUGCCAUCAGUUGUGCAAACCAUAACCUUCUGGGGGUUGUCUCUUAAGACUCCAACUAACUUUAUCACUUUUGCUGCUACAUUUGUAAAAUGAACUUUUGGCUGUAUUUAUUAGCAAAUUUUAAUCUAGUUUACAGUUCGUUUUUGGAGUAGUUUUUGCCCACAGAUGGAUUAGGAGUGAUGGGGUGUUUGAUUUUUUUUUUUUUUGAGUGCAUUGUUAAAGGCACAGUGAUCCCUCUUCUAUUUUAGUUUUGGACUUUCUUUGAAGAUGGAAUUGCAGGAAAAAGCAAAACCUGCGGUCAAGCAAAGCUCUGGAAGGUUUACACCCCGUACUCCAGCUCCCCAUUUUUUGCUAAGAUGGGGAUCACAAUAGGGACACUUGCUGUUUUGUUUUCUUAAAAUGAACCAGAAGGUAAAUGUGGUAGGUAAAUGACUGGUUAAUUAACACUUUAUGCAAUUUUAAUUUUAUAGAAGUUUAAAAAUAAAAGUUGGUAGAUUCUGAUUGGUCCUAGCUCUGGUGAAAUGGCUGUUACCCCUCCAUGACUUACUUGAUUCAGGCCUUUGUCCUUUGUUUAAGUGCCUUUUCUUUAUUUUAUUUCCCCCUCUCCCUUCCUUUAAACUGUUCUCAGAGAUCCUAAAGUGCUGGGAGGCAUUUGGGAGAAAAAUUUUAAACUUGCCAAGAUGACUUUAUGCUGUUAUACUAUUUUCCCUUUUGUAAAAAGUAAGUGUGUGUGUGUGUGUGUGUGUGUGUAAUAAGUUAUAGCUGCUGUACCAUGGCAUUCAUUCUGUAUGCUCUCUCACACACAAAGCAGUAUUCCUAAGAAUCCUGUUUCCUUCUGAAAGGUGGACAUUUGGGCACAGAUGACAGUAUAGUAAGGUGGAGGGGGUGAGAGAGAGAGAGAGGAGUUUAGUGGGAAAGGAAUUUGAUGUAUUUCCCUUUGGAGGUCUAUGUUUGAAUCUUGUUUAGGUCGCAGAUGAAAUUAGUUUGGUAGUCUCAAUCUGUCUACCUGUAAGUAUUAGACUGUCUCUCAUAACCACUCCUAGAGUUUGGCACAAUUCCCCACAACUGAUAGCCCUUUUAGUAGAGGAGACAGCUAAAAUACUAGGUUGCAACAAGUCUGAACUGAGAUGUAUUACAGGGAAGCUUGCAUGGUGCUAUCCACAUCUGCCUGACAUUAGUCAUGCCAUCAGUGUCUAGCUUAAAUUAGUACUUAAGUUCACCAAAGUUGUGCCACUUUCUCGCAUGCAAUAGAUGAAUGGAGUGGGCUUCCUUAUAUUGUUCUCAGCAAAUUAGUCUCAGUAAAAUUUAAAACCUUGCUAUAAUCCACAAACUGCUUAAAUCACACACCAGAAAAAGUGCAUUUUUCCAGCUCUUAGCAAAGAUUGGAGUAAGGUGUCAUGUUGUUGAGAGACUUCAUUAUUUGUAGAAGAUCUACUGAUUAGCAAUAUAAAGAAUUACAGUACAUCUUAACUACAGUGAUCAAACUAAAUGAACAUAGGUUUUCUUUAUUAAAUUUUGCUUGUUAUAUAACAAGCAAUCUGCUAAUAGGUGUCCAAGUGAUUUAAUGCAAAUUAGCAAGGUUUUACUAUAUGCUGAAAAUAAUUGAACAGAUGUCUAGCUUGCAUUUCUAUAAAAAUGUUCAGAGAAAUCAGUGUUGACUAGUCAAAAGCAAAAUCAGAUGUUGACUAAUGCUGAAUGUUGCUCAACCUACGAUAACAAACGUAAGUAGGCUAUGGUGGUUCUGUGCGGUAUUUCUACUAGGUAGUGUGACAGGGUUGAUCUGGUUGCAAUGUGGAGGAGGAAAGAGUGGGCUUUCCCCUUCCAGAAACCAGAUCAAGGUUUGAGAACUUCCCUCCCUAAUUAGGAGCAGAGUUAAUCUAGGGAGCAAGGUGGGCUGUCAAGUACCAGGGUUUGGUUUUGUGAGAGAAAAUAGGAUAUGGACGUAAUUUUAGUUUUUAACUUACCCAAAAGCUUUUUUUAAUCUGUUAAAAAUCAUGAAUCUAUCUAUCUAUCUAAUCUGUGAUCCUGCCAGCACAAAGCAGCCCCAAAGCUGGCUUACCCACCUUUCCUGAGACCCAGCAGUUCCUGGCUGUUAACAUAGCCCCUUGGGGCUAUGGGUAGGUGAAGUAACUUAGAGAAUCUAUGAAUCUGCUCCAAGGGACCAGCGUGGCAUGCAGCUGUCCCAGGAUUGGGGGGAACACAAAGGUGCCCUCCAGCCAUGUGUGCACUCCCUACCUGAGUUGUGCUGUGCUCUCCUUAGCUGAGGCAAAGGAUGUCCGUCUACAUUUUUAGUAUCCAACGUGUGAUAACUGUAACUCUAUAGAGCAACUCUUAGAAUGAAGAAAAUCUUUUGCUACUUAUUCCAUCUUUCUAGAAAUAAACGGCAACUUCUCCUUUUCUCUCACCACCCCCUUCUGGCUGUAAAGCAGUAAGCUGCUAAUAAUUUUUUAAUACUAAUGAAAGUGUCCAGUACAAGUGGGAUACACUACCUUUGGUUAACUUUGACAGUGUUCUUGACUGCCCAACAACAAAAGAAAGGAUGUAAGGGGGAAGAUCUGUUGUCCAACCAAAACAAGUUGGGAGAUACUACCAAGUUUAAGAUAAACCAAAUAACUAAUGACACCCAGAGCUUAUUUGGAACUGAUUAGUUUCCACCUAUGGGGGGAAAAAACUGUUUUGUGUUCUCAGCUUUUUCCAGAUAAGGCCUUAGUUUGAUUAGUAGUCAUGAAUAUCAACUAUGCAGAUAAGUAUUCUUUACAUAUUCCAGUAUUAUGUACACUCCUCACCCUGCCCCCAUUAACAAAUGUUAAACUUCUACCCAAAGAAACAGGACAUAGUUUUUGAAUGUCUGUACUACAAAAAAGUAUUUUUUUCUAACAGGGAAAAUGAACUUUGUAUUCAAAAAAAAAAAAAAAAAAAGAAAGAGAAAAACCCAUUCUGUGGUGCAAACUCUAGUAUCAGAAGUGUAAUGAAAUGGCUUUUGAAGGGAGACUAAAAUCUCCAGUUGGUGAUAGGUUUGAUUCUGAGAGCUUUUUAGAUAGUUGCACAAUAUUCAGCUCUGCAGAACUGGACCAAGAAGCCACAGCAAUCUGAUGUAUAGAUUACACUUUUGGGUGGAUGAGGGAUUGAUUUCCUGUACCCUUCCUACCACCGAAAUAUAGGAUUUAGUAAAUGCAAUGUUUAGUGAACUGACUGCUUUUAAUUAAGGGGAGAUUUUAGCUAGUCAGUGGCUGGAUCUCUUAUAGAUGGAGUCUCUUCUAAAUAGAGGCUGAAUUGGGAUCCCCACUGCCUUCUUUUUCACUGCUCAGUGUUGCACUUGUUACAGCGGAACAAUCCAGCUCAGAGGCAAGAGCUGUAAUGAAUCUGUUUUAAAGUCAGUAUUUCUAUCUUGCUGUAGCAAUUUGUGCAGUUUUCUUGCAUACAUUCUCACGGUUUAGACUGGGAUUUGUUUCUCUCCAGAAUAUUUAUUUAGGACUAUUGAUUUAAAGAAGUAAAAUACAUUACACUAUUAAUUAAUUAUUCCUCUCUACUUCCCCCCAAAAAGUCUCUGCUGAGCAUUGUUAUAUUUUAGUAGUUAAAUUAGUCCCCUUUCUAUGUGAUUUGUCUCCCUCUUCCAGCCUCCUUCCCCUGAGGGUCGGGGAUCAAAUGCAUUUUGCGGUUAAGUAAUCCUUAGAAUGCUGGUAAUUUCUAGGCUACCAGUCAAAGAUGCUUACUAUAGUAGGAGGGUAUCUGUUGCUCUAAUUUAGAGAGAGAGAGAGAGAAAGCACUGUACUAGAACUCUUCCUUGUGAGCAGACAUGGGCGAGUCCUUUUACCUCUGCCUAGUGAAGGCAUUUGCUCAACAGCAGAGCUUCCAAGCUUAAAAGCUGCUUAUUCUAAUUGCAGCAAGAGUCCUCUCAGUGAAAGGGUUUAGGCUGCAGUAUCCUGUUUGCUGUUUCAUUCAAAAAUAUAUGAAAGAGUUAACCAGCUUAAUUCUACUUGGCUGGCUGGUGCUCUUGAGAAUGUAGAUUAUGUAUAGUGAGGGGCUGAAGGCCCUUUACAUGGGUACUUUCCUGACUGUCAUUGCCAAGUUUAGAACAAAAAAAUAGCAAGCGAGUGCUUAUUGUGCCUCAACUAAAUUAAAAAGAAACUGUCAGUAUACAGACUUUUGUGAUCCUCCUUAAUACCAAGAAAGGGAAUGUACAAUUCCUGUGCGAUGGCAGAUAUAUUUGAAGUGGGGAUUCUGUGAUUUUUUUUCUUUAUUUUAUUCCACACGAAUUCACAUGUCUACUUGCUCCUUAAUACCUGCUUACUUCAGAACAUGGGGAAAAGCCCUUGGCUUGGUGAAAGAAAGAGCAGGCCCAUGUGCUUAUCUGAUGAACUCCCCUGUAAAAUGCUUCCCCCAUGUGACAAGAAGCAUGUAUAACAGCCCUUGAGGAGAGGGGCCUGAAUAACCAAAUCUAGCUACUUAUUGGUGAUGGGUGCCAAUUACUUUGGUUUUGUUUUUUUACAAAGAUGCGUUCCACUAACUUAAAGGGAUACUGUAUUUUUAAACAAGUGAUUUUUGAUUUCUCUCUCCUUAUAAAACUGGACCUGAAUACAAGUUUUGAGUUGAUUUUUUUUUUUUUGUAAUAAUCUCAGGACCUGAAAGAUUGUAGCAUUUAGUGUGUCUUAAAAAUUAUGUACUGUACCAGCCAUGGAUUUUGUAAAUACACGUGUCUCCCUUUUUUUCUAUUAUUUUAGGGUUGUUUUUUUUUAAAAAAAAAAAAGUGUGUAAGGCUCUUUGCCAGAGGAACUGGUGCCUGCUUAAUUUCCAUCCUGAACUGGAGCAGGAAAAUUGGGGAGCUGCUGCCACAAAAGCCUGCACCAGUUCCAAAUGUGUAUGCUUGCUGAUCAGUUUAAUACAUGCUAGCCAUUUAACUGGGAAGCUAGAGUUUCCUGUGUGCAUUCCCAAGUGUGGUUGGCAGUGCUUUGUCCACCUGGGAAGUUCCUGAUAAAACUCUUCACCUUGAUACUGUGAUGUUUUCCCUUUCCUCCCAUAUAUUCAGGUUUAUUGUCCUACAUUUUGCAGGACAGUUCAGAUUUUUUUUGACAGGUCACAUAUCUGACAUUCUGCAAGAAUAGCUGGUGGAACAUAAUUCCUUUUAUCAUACUUUGGUCCCACAGGAUAAAAUUGCAGAGAAGGCAGUGCUAUCCCAUAACCACAUAUGUGCACUCACUCUUGCAGAUCUCAGUGGGGUAACUGAAUCUACUGAACCUGCCUCACAGGCCCCAAACAUGUUCUGACCCUUCCUACUUUCACUGUCCUAAACAGGGUGCUGAGAUUUUUUGGCAAUAGGCUUGCUCUGAGAUUCCAAGUGUAGCUAGCAGACCUGUGUUCUAAAGUAAGAGCCUUAUUUAAUUGAGUGUAGAUGUUUCCUGUCCUUAAUUGGGACAGGGUUCUUUUUCAUGAGUGUAUUUUUCUUUUGUAUGUGUCACGUGUCUGUGCUGUAUUAAAUAAAGAGGAAUGUACAUAUUA